CUGAUUUUCUGAAAAAAAUACAUAAGUAGACAAAUAUAUCUGCAGGGCCUUAAUUUUCUCUCUCUAUACUACUUUCAUCCCUGAAUUCCGAUGAGUUCUAUAAGAGGAAAUGGUCAGCCUAACAGGGGUAAAAAUGUAGCUGGGAAUUCUAACUUUGAUGCCGAUCAGUUGAAUCAGGCAGUUCAUGCUGUGAACCUGGAUUCCAGCCAGGAUGAUGGUUGGGAGGUCAUCUCUAAAAAAAACAAAAAUAAAGCUGGAAAUAGUGCUGCUUCUAAACAGUGGGCUACUCAGACUUCUAAACCUAACCCACGGAGUCAAUCUGAUGCCCAGAGGACCGGUGGACGGGGCAAUGGACAGGUUAGGCCUCCAAACAAUGCGUGGGCAAACCAAAUGGGUGGCCGAGGUGGUGCAGGCAACAACAAUGCCCCAUCGAAUGCAAUUGCUCCACCACUGAUGAGUGGAUGGAAUUGGAACUCGAGGCCAGCCAAUGCUUGGCAAUUGGGAAAUGAUACAGGUAGGAGUGCGAACGUGCCAACUCCCGAACCUACUGUGCAAGAAGAUGUUGAAGGUGGCAAUGAAAGCGAGGAAGCUGAUGAAUCUGAUGAUGAACUUCAUAGUGACGAGUAUGAUUCGGAUGAAAGCCCUAAAAGCCACGAAGAAAAAAAGAAGAAUAGGUGGUAUUCUGAGUUUUUUGCAACUUUGGAUACCCUGACACUGGAGCAGAUCAAUGAGCCAACAAGGCAGUGGCAUUGCCCGGCUUGUCAGAAUGGUCCUGGUUCAAUCGACUGGUAUAAAAGUCUACAGUCUCUUGUGACCCAUGCUAAAACAAAAGGGUCUAAAAGAGUAAAAAUUCAUAGAGAUCUUGCUGUAAUUUUGGAGGAAGAAUUGCGCAGAAGGGGGACUUCAGUUGUACCAGCUGGUGAAUCAUUUGGACAGUGGAGGGGACUCAACGAAGUUGUCAAAGACAAGGAAAUUGUAUGGCCACCCAUGGUUAUGAUCAUGAAUACACUACUCGAACAGGAUGAACAUGAGAAGUGGCUUGGAAUGGGAAACAAGGAGCUUCUUGAUUACUUUGGAUCUUAUGAAGCUGUGAGGGCCCGUCAUUCUUAUGGGCCAAGAGGGCACAGGGGUAUGAGUGUCCUGAUUUUUGAGUCCUCUGCUGUAGGAUAUACAGAGGCUGAGCGUCUAAGUAAACAUUUUGAACACCAAGGUACUGACCGAGAUGCUUGGGAUCAUCGUCGUACUCUGUUCUAUCCUGGAGGUAAGAGACAGUUAUAUGGCUUCAUGGCUACAAAAAGAGAUAUGGAUCUCUUCAAUCAGCAUUCACAAGGGAAAACGAAGCUGAAGUUUGAGUUAGUCUCUUACCAAGAAAAGGUCGUCAACCAAUUGAAACAGAUGAACGAGGACAACCAACAGCUACAUUUUUAUAAAAACAGAGUUGGUAAAGAAAAAAUGCACUCAAAAGCACUCGAAGAAUCAUUAGGGCUAGUAUCUCAACAACUAAGGAAAAGUGAAAAAGAGAGGCUGAUGAUAAGGGAGAGAACACAAAAGUUUCAUGAGCAGAACCAGGAAGAGAUGGAUAUUCUAGAACAGUUCUUCGACGAUCAGCUGAAGCUUAUCAAAGAAUCCAGGAAUGCAAAAGAAGGCGAGUUUGAGAAACUGCAGCUUGAAUUACUCAUGAAGGUUGAACAAGCCAGUUCUGCAGUGAAUCUUCAAAAGAAGGAGGCAAAGCUCGAAGAAUUGAAAGAAUUUGAGGAAGAAAAAGAGAAGCUGACGAAAUUGUAUGAGGAGCAGAUAGCUGAAGAGAAGAGCGCACAUAGGAAGAAAGUGCUCGAGUUGGAGCAGGGUUUUAAUAUUGAGUUGACUCGGUUGAUGGAGAAUUACACUCCCAAAUCAUGAUAUACGAGGCCGAUGAAAUCAAGAGAGAAGAGAGUUAAACGAAUGGGCAUUAUAUGAUUAGCAAUAGACUUGUUUUUUAUUUUAUUUAUGCUAGUUCUAACUAUUAAACUUUCGGAGACCCUAAAGUGGAAUUGUAGUUUAGACAUGAAAACACUUGAAUUGCUGGUACGAGCAUAUUGAGUGGUGCAUGCUGUUUCGUUGCUAUUUUAUGGCAAAAUGUAACCAUGCCAUGUUCAAUAUCAUGGUGUUCUGUUUUUGGGUUUGA